AUGACAGAGAUACGCCCACUGAAUGGCUACGACUAUCCACUGUCAUUUGUUUGCAUUUCUUUGAGUGACACUUUCGACAAAUUUGACUUUGAACUUUUUAAAAAAGAAGUUAUUAAAGAAAUUGUCAAAUACAGCCCAUUUCACCUUGAUAUAAGAAUGAAAGAUGGACAUCCAUUUUGGUACAAAUUUGAUGAUAACUGGCUUUUUGAAAAUAGCGAUAUUUUUGUGGUAAAAAUUCCGUUCAAAGAAACUGGAGAAGUAGAACCUGCGAAGUAUGAUUUACACAAAGAAGGGACUCCACUCUUCUGCAUUGAAUAUUCAGAAAAUGAUGUUGUAAGUCGUGUAAAGUUAUAUGCAAACCACGCGAUAUGUGACGGGCGCACAAUUGCCAAUUUAUAUCAAAUCAUUAAAAAUGCAAUUCCAAAUGAAUUUCACAUGGACUUCAAUGAUGAAGAACUUUAUGAUUAUGACUACCGAACGCUCUACAAAAUUGAAGAUAAAUUGUUGGAAACAAAUCCGAAGUGUUGGGAUAUUCCAAAAGUUGCAGCGGUACCCCCAAUAACAGAUAAGUGCGAAUACAUUAAUAUGUACAACUCUUUUGAUUGUCAGAAAGUGAUUUCAUUUUGCAAAAAGAACAAAAUUGGAGUUCAGGCUCUUUUAAUGGCUUCACAAGAAAGAGCAACAAGACGUUUCAUGAAGUUUGACAACUCGGAAGAAAUCUCAGUGUAUUGUCCAAGUGACACUCGGAUUUCAAAAUAUGCAGACGAUAAAUUAAAGCAUCGAAAUUUUUACUGUGCUGCAGGUGCUAAUUUUCCAUCUAUUGUGGGCAAGGAAAAUCUUAUGGAAGACAUAAAAGAGUGCAAUUAUAAGAUACGAGAAGCAAUGAAAACGACGGAUUGUUGUGUGCAAGUAUUAAUGUCGUUUAAACAAAUUGAUGAGAAAACAUUGGUGUUCACUCCAAUCAAAAACGCGCCAGAUUUGUCGAAAAUGAGAAUUAUAACAUGCUCAAAUAUUGGACUAUAUGACCAUAUGAAUGACCCAUAUUUGGGUGUGUUGUGUCCAUGUGAUGUUAACUCAUUCUCAGUUGUGUUGUACUCGUGGCAUUCAAAGAAUCAUUUCCAUACCCUCUUUUUCUUCCCAGAAAAACUCAACAAAGAUUUUGUUACGGAAAUGAAACACGAGUUGGAAAAUGUUAUGAAGUUUGUGUGUGAAAACUAA